CUUUCGUGUGGGAAGAUGAGGAAGAUGUUUGGUCUCAUUCUUAUGGCCACUGCCCUGGGAAUGGGUAGGGCUGCCGAGGACUGUCCCCAGGAGCUGACGCGGCUCAGAGCCCAGGUGUACCUGCUUGAGACCCGGGUCAAGCGGCAGCAGGUCAAGAUCACACAGCUCUUACAUGAGAAAGAAGUUCAGUUUCUUGAUAAAGGAGAAGAGGACAAUGUUAUUGACCUCAGAGGAAAGAGGCGGUAUGCAGAUUGCUCGGAGAUUUUUAACGAUGGGUACAAGCGCAGUGGAUUUUACAAAAUCAGGCCUCUCCAGGGCCAGGCGGAGUUCCCUGUGUACUGUGACAUGUCUGAUGGAGGAGGAUGGACUGUAAUCCAGAGACGAUCUGAUGGCAGCGAGAACUUUAACAGAGACUGGAAGGACUAUGAAAAUGGCUUUGGAAAUUUUGUCAAAAAAAAUGGUGAAUAUUUACUGGGUAAUAAAAAUCUUCACUUAUUGACCACACAAGGGAACUAUACGUUAAAAAUCGAGCUCACAGAUUUUGAAAGAAAUAGCCGUUAUGCACAAUAUAAAAAUUUUAAAGUUGGAGAUGAAAAGAAUUCUUAUGAGUUGAAUAUUGGGGAAUAUUCUGGAACAGCUGGAGACUCCCUGGCAGGGAAUUUCCAUCCUGAGGUGCAGUGGUGGGCGAGUCACCAGAGAAUGAAAUUCAGCACGUGGGACAGAGACAGCGACAACUACGAAGGGAACUGUGCCCGAGAGGACCAGUCUGGCUGGUGGUUUAACAGGUGUCACUCUGCAAACCUGAAUGGUUUAUACCACGGUGGCGCCUACACGGCUGAGACAGACAACGGCAUUAUCUGGUACACCUGGCACGGGUGGUGGUAUUCACUGAAAUCCGUGGUCAUGAAAAUUAGGCCAAAUGAUUUUAUUCCAAAUGUCGUCUAGGUGUCCUGUUGUGUUUCCCACCUGUCAUUCAUCUUGGUUUUGAAUGAUCUGAAAUACAGCACCUCUAAAUAUAUGCAUGGAUGACGAGAGCAA